AUGGCCAGGGGGGCCAAGGCUUCCAGUUCGAAGCCCGAGCAUCGGUCUGAGCCGCCUGCUCGCAGCGGCCCGACAGCCAAGCGCGCCAAGAAGAUCGACCGCGACCAGUCUUCUGGAGCUCGCGGCAGUGCUGAUGCUGCCCCCGCAUCCCCGAAGGCGAGGAGAGUCACCAAGGCGGCUGGCUGCGGCAUCUGCGGGACGACCCACAGGCAGAGCAAGAUGGAUCACGCGACUCGUUGCUCGGCUUGCGGGGAGACCGCUGCCAAGGCGUUCCCCUUCUGGGAAUGGGACGACUUGUGCGAGAGGUACCACGAGGACGACCUGGUCACUGAGGGCUUCGACAACGCGCACGCUCUGGUACACAAGAACGGCGGCAAACGCCCACAGAAAAGCGAGGCCGACGAGGGCAGCACCAACACCAUGCUCUUCGAGGACACGGUGCGGUCGCACAGGGCUUUGAAGCUCUCCGACGCCAGGGACAUCUACAAGAGCGAUCCGCACAAGAUCGGUUUCAAGCAGGCGACGGUCACCGAUAUGGCUGGCGUUGCCCGUUCGCGGUUCGUGCAGGUCAACCCAGAUCAGCCAUGCACCAUCGUGAACGUAGUUCGUCGCAGGGCGAUCGGGCACGAGCAGACCGUCUUGUCGAACGACCAGGUGCUUUGGAACGGCCAGGCCGACGUUCACUAUGGCGCACUCGUCGACCAGAAGUGCGCCGACAUGAAGGCCUUCACCAAUGCGCCGACGCACGAUGAAGUUCUUGCCACGGCGGAGGCGCUCAAGGCGGGGCAGGUCAUUGCGCAGGCGAACAGGGAGAUCAAGGAUUCCAAGCAGCAGGGGAUGCAGCGCGCGACUCUCGGUGAUGCUGAGCCCGAUGCUUCGUCUCAGGCGGCCCUGGGGCUUGGUGACAUGGGCCCGCCUGCGUCGUCUCCGAGGUCGGCCUUGACAUCUGUCCAUGAGACUCCUGAGGCCAAGGCGGGCUAUGCGGCGUCGGUCGUGACAGGGGCUCCAUCGGCCAGCGGGGUGGACUCGUCUACUGACAUGGAGGUGGAUGAGACAAUGAGCAAGCUAAGGGCGAAGAAAGCAGGAGAUCAGAAGGCCAAGGACGUGGCGAGCAUGAACCGCGAUGACCUCGAUUCACUGUCGAGGGACUUGGACAAAGAGUCGGUCAACGUGGAUGAGCCCCAGAAGUUCAGUUGCCUUGCCCCCGUGCUGUCGCAGAUGGAGUUGCCGCCAUCGGAGAAGGCGGCCCUGUUCAAGGACACGGUCGUCAAGAGCAUCAUCGUAUCCUACCUCCAAGCGGGCAAGUCCAUGCUGAAAGAAACGAUGGAGAUGGUCUCGCUGCUGAUCGCGCAGAUCAAGGCCAUGCCCAUGUCAUGCGAGGUCGAGGUCGACAAUUCAAGCAGCGAGGUGAUGCUGGCGCUGAAGUUCUUGAACACCAUUGGUGGGUCCCAGGUCGACACUUUGUCCUUGGUGCAGGUCGACAAGUUCGUCGAGGCAAAGGCCACGACGAUUGAGGGCUCUUUGUGCGCCAGCUUGCGCGCACUUCCUUUCUGGCACGAACGGCUGCAGCAGUACUUGAAGUAUUCACCAUCGCUGAAGUACUGGUGCCCCAUCAUCAAGGACUACCAGCUGUCACUCUCAGAGUCGCCGAACGACUUGACGCUCAUGCUGCAGUGCAUCCCCGACGUGAGUAGGAUCGAGAAGGUUUUGCCACCGUCCGGGAUCACUUCCUACAAGGGGUGGAUCAAAGGGGUCGCCGAUAGAUUCGUGACUGCGGCGCUGCAGGUAUCGUCUCAAGGUCUUGCGCUUCCAGGGCCGCCUGACGAUGCAGAGAAUGUCGUGAAGAUGGCGGUGGGGGUCUUUGGAGCAAAUGUCUCUUGGCAGCAGCUACUGGAGGCCUUGACGAACCAGAGGUCGAAGAGCCAUGGGCGCGUGCUCUUGGACAAGUUCAUCGGGCACAUCGGCACCUACAACUCGAAGAGCCUGCAGUACGCCGCUGCGAACUUCGGGAUGAUCGAGGGGCUUCGCGGGCUCGCCUCGGAUAGUCAUUUAGAGAGGCUUCGUGAUUUCAGCGGGACGGCUUUGGAUUACAUCUUGGGGAGGAGAGGCACCUGGCCAACGUUCCACGCCGCCACCGACUUCGAUGCCGCCUGGAAGUGGGUCGAUUGCGCGUCCCGUUGGUUUGAGCCAGUGGGCCUCAUGGGCCCCGACUGCCCUUGGGGGUCGUUCCGCAAGUUACUCGACAAGGUCAAGGUCCACUUCGCGCUGGUGAAAUCGUAUCGGGAGAUUAUCGGGGAGAACGACAUACUCAAGGGCCAUCUCGCGGAGACCCCUUUGCCACUCGUGGGCGCAUUCCUGGGUUUGCUCGAACAGGCCUCUCAUUUGAAGGCCGACGAUUCUACUGAGGAGAAGCUCAUCAACGACACGUUCAUGGAGGGCUGCGAGGCCGCCGCGCUGCAGCUCAAGAUGCAGAUGUUCGAACAGAUCGCAGAGGCUGGCCUGCAGGCGGUCGUGGCGGCGUCCGAGGACGUCCCCCCGAACAAGGUCAAGGGUGGGCCUGUCGACAAGCUGUGGUCAGAGGGCUUGGCCGAUGCUGCGAGCAUCGAGGACGCCGUCGCUGCGUUCGAUCAGCACCUCGUGCCUGCGAUGUCCUUUGACAGCUUCAAGGAGGAGGUGAACCGCAAGUUUCAGCAGCUGGACGCCCUCGCUGAGACGGAGCAGAGGUUCGGCGUGGCUGUGCCGCCUGAAAAUAAGCCCGAAGCGAUGGUGGCCAUCUGCCGCCGCGCCGCCCAGACGCUCUGCGAGUACCAGGCCCUCUGGGGCAUCAAGAAGGCGGGCAGCAACGCGGUGGCCGUGAAGAAGUUCAUUAUGACGGUGGUCGCAAGCCAGGAGAAGUUCGGAGUCGAACAGCUGGUCAAGCCCGUGGACGACGCCGUGAAGCGCGCCAUGGCCAUG